AUGCAGUUCUUCAAGAUCUUCAUUUGCAAUGUCUUGUGCCUCUCCCUGGCACUAGCGGGCGUCAUUGUCGACGGUAGUACCCGGAAUAUCACCAGUGAUACCGAGGACCAGGAACUCAAGAGAACCGUCCCUGAGCCAGCCAUUACCAUCACAGACAGCGACGAAAUGCUGAUGCUCGACUCAAUGAACGCUGGAAGGGCUACUUUCGAAAGAUUGCUUGUCGAAACUGGAGAAAGGCAAGAUGGCAUCUCAAACUCGCGACGUGAUGUUGAAUCACAAACGACGGACGUCGAGAUCCGUGAACUUGCCCUCAAUCUCACCGAAAGGGCAGAUCUUGUAGCCAUAAGUGACUCAUUUGCCUGCUGCGUCACCUGCGUGUGGGCAUGUAAAGUCGCCAUCGAGAGCAUGCACCUUACCCAAGCAAAACAGUUCCACAAAUGUUUCUGGUUGGAAUGUUUUGCUGGAUCACAGGCCUGUGCGAACCAUCUGAUGGAUUGGGCCAAGUAUGUUGGUGGCGGUAUAGAUGACUUCCCAACCGCCGCGCAGUUCGCACAGGCUUGGAAACAGGUUUGGCGUCCAAUGUACGAGCCACUCAAUCAGAAGGCGAUUGAAGAAUAA